UUCAACAAGAACAUGUCACUUUACUUCUCCUGGACAAGUUUACUCCUGCUAGUAAGUGCGCUAGCAGGCAUGGAAGCAAGGAGGGUAAAACUAAACAUUUUGCCACCGUUUAUGCAGAAAAUAAUAAACCAGAAAGUCGAGCAUAUUCUGGAAGUGGCCGGCGGGAACAGUCAAUGCACAAGGGACAUGAGAACCGUCGUGAACGAGGCACUGCGUAUGAAACAAUGGGCAUUAGAAAUGAUCGAUGCCACUGCAAAGCCCCCAACCGGCCUUCUCGCUGGGAACAUCUUCAUGCACGGAAACUUCGAUCAAUGUUUAAACAUCGAAGAAAAUAUCAAAGGAAAUGUCAUUCGCGGACAAUAUUGUACUGUGUUCCUCACGUCCAGUAAAUCCGCGCAUAAUAUGCUACCUUUCACGGACGUUUCAGGUUUACCCCAUUUAAUCGGCAUAAAAACCAGCAAUCAAACAGCGGAUUUGUUGAGGGCGUUCAAAGUUAGCUAUGGUGUUUGCGUUCCCCAUUCUUGUACUAUAGGCAAUAUUCAAAAAUUGUGGGAUUACUUUGAACACGCUUUCGGGUUUCCUUUGCACUUUAACUUCGUCAACGAGAUGUGCAGUACUAAAAACAGCAAAAUUGAACCAUUAGUUAUCGAUACAUACGUUUAUUAUGCUUUCGGUUUGUACGCGGCAUUUUUGCUGCUAAUUACCGGAUACGACGUUAUUUUUCAUCAAAAUAGUAAAAAUAAAGAGGACGAUAAUUUCUGGGUUUCUUUUUCCGUCUUCACCAACGCUAAAAAGCUAUUUCGAAUCAACGAUGAGCAAGAAGGACUCGAUUAUCUUUCCGCGAUAAGUGGCAUAAAAGUCAUGAGCAUGUUGUGGGUUCUCUAUGGACACAGAGUUGUCCUGAAUGUUAUGACAGGGGUCACCAAUUUUGCCUAUAUGCUAAAGUGGAAAACUCAGCUGUUCACUGCAUUUACUCUUAGCGCAUCGUUGUCGGUUGAUACAUUUUUAAUGUUGAGCGGUCUACUUUUGUCCUAUGGAAUUUUGAGCUACAAAAGAAUGUUACCAAAAAUGAGGAAAAUUCCUGUAGUGCCGUUUUAUUUGUAUAGAUUUUUGAGAUUGAGCCCAGCUCUAUUAGCUUUAAUACUAUUCAACAUUAGCAUUUUUAAGAACCUAAAUUCCGGACCCAUAUGGCCCCUGCAAGCCACAAAAACCGUUCGAGUUUGUUCCAAGUUGUGGUUCCACACGCUGUUUUUCGUUAACAAUCUUGUAGACGUUAAUUAUCAGUGUCUCGACCACGCUUGGUAUCUAGCUGUGGAUUCGCAGUUGUAUUUUAUUUCUCCUAUUGUUCUGAGCGGUUUAUUGACUUAUCCAGCGAGGACUAUCCUUACGUGCAUUGGAGUAUGCCUGAUAUCUGCUAUAUACACGUUUGUUAUCACCAUGAAGAAUAACUACGGAGCAAUAUAUUUCGAGGGAAAUCAGGAAUACCUCAAUAAUAUCUACAUUUCAACGUUGGUUAGAAUGCCUCCUUGGUUCAUUGGUAUAAUUUUCGGAUAUAUUAUUUACAAUUACAGAAACAGAAGAUUGAAUAAGAUUGUGAACUGUUUGUGUUGGUUUAGUUCUACGUCUGUCAUAGUCGGUUUAAUAAUGGUACAUUUGGUGUUCGUAAAAAGUAAUGAAUAUAGUGCUGUCAAUUCGGCUUUGUUCAACUCCAUGGCGAGGCAAUUGUGGUCUGUAGCCGUUGCGGUUUUACUUUUUCUUUGCACUGUUAAUCGAGAAGGUAUAAUUAAUAAAUUUUUAUCAAUGUCAGUAUUCAGAGUUGUUGUGAGGAUGUCAUAUAGCGUUUAUUUGACGCAAGAAAUCCUGUUGUAUUACCUUAUUAUAGGAAAAAGACAAUCCCAUCAUUUUUCUGAUUUAACGAACAUUCAUCAGUUCCUUGGUGACCUUAUUCUGGUACUUUUAUUGGCAUGUGUUUGGUGUUUGGCAUUUGAAUCCCCGUUUAUAGUUAUCGGUAGAUAUUUCUUCAAAAAAGGCCAGUCUCAAUUGUUGAAGCGGAAGGAGAAAACUAAUCGUAAAAGAAACAAGAGUGUUAAAACUAAGGAUAAUUAUUUAGUUUGUGUGUACAAGUACCAAGAAAAAGGGGAUCUUUCGCGCAAGAAAUUGUUGUAGUUUGCUAUAUUAAAGUAUUUUUCUGGAUUAUAUAAUUACAUAAUUGAU